AUGGCAAACCUUCGACAAUCGGCGAACAAGUUGUGGAAUGCAGGUCAGAGGUUGACUGUGGCCGGAACAGGAUCGUCGAUGCGCACUCAGACAACUACCUUGAGACGACAAUCAAGACGCUCACUAGGGCUGGGGCUCGCCGUCUCCGGGGCAGCUGUCCUCUGGUGGUUCACCUCUCAGAGAACUGCCCUUGCAGAAGCUCCGCACCCUGACCAUUCCAAACGCCAUACCAGCCAUUAUGCCGCCGCUCACGCUCACGCUCACGCUCACGCUGACGGCUACGAUAAGCGGCUCGUGCCCCAUGCAGCUCCAGUGACACCCUCAAAGCCUGUCGCACACGGCAGCAAAGCUCACGUGGCGGACCUCUACGCGAAGCUCGAACACGCAUCCUUGGACCUGGCAAAACUCCCGGUCGAAGAAGCCGUCCUUACUAGUGCGCCAAAUGUACCCCCUUCGAUCACCCGCGACUAUCCCGUGGUCCUGAAAGUGGACUUGACAACGACCAUCAAGAAAACACAGUUGAUAGGAGCUUACAAGUACGAACAGUGGACGUUUAAUGACCAGGUUCCUGGACCUUUCAUUCGAGCGCGGGUGGGUGACGUUGUGGAGGUGACAUUGACCAACAAGGACGAAAGUGGCAUGCCGCAUAACAUCGACUGUCACGCAUUUCUGGGACCUGGGGGCGGAUCAGCAGUAACGACGACCGAGGAAAACCAGACCAAGACGGCAAGAUUCAAACUGCUGUGCCCGAGGCUCUUUGUGUACCAUUGUGCGGCGGCACCGGUGCCUGUCCAUAUCGCCAAUGGGAUGUUUGGACUGAUGUAUGUCCAGCCAGCUGAGGGCGAUCUUCUACCUGUGGACAAGGAGUACUAUGUCAUGCAAAGUGAGUGGUAUCACGAGCCUCCUGAGAAGGAUGAUGAUGGUAGGAGGUCGUCAGAGGUGGAAUUUUCGUAUCCCAAUGGUCUGCGCGAAGAGCCGAAUGUCGUGGUUUUCAACGGCAGCGAGUCGGCCCUGACAAGAGAGAAACCUCUAAAAGCCAGCAUGAACGACACGGUGCGCAUCUUCUUCGGUAACGCCGGACCGAACUUGACGAGCGCGUUCCACGUUAUCGGAAGCAACUUCAGGCGGGCAUAUCGUGACGGCGAUGUCGUGAGCCCACCUGGACAAUUUGUAUCGACUUUGAGCGUUCCGCCGGGUGGAACGACUAUCGUCGAUAUGCACAUGCUCGUCCCCGGUACCAUGACCUUGGUCGACCAUGCAAUUUUCCGGAUCGAUAAGGGCGGUGUUGGGUACCUGAAUGUCUCGGGGAAGUCGAGGCUUGACGUUUACCAGAGCGUGCAACCUCCUGCGCCGUGUGUGGGAUGCAAAUUACAUCCUUGA